AUGUCAAUCUCAGCAGAAAUAUUGCAUGAGAUAGUCCUCGCAGACAAACUGUGCAUUGUCUGGUCAAGGAAACCCUCCGGCACUGCGGUUAUAUUCCUUCUGAACAGAUACAUGUUCGGAAUAUAUCUCAUCUUGAACGCGGUGUUUGUUAUUCCCGGCUCUGUCUCAGAUGAAAGCUGCAGUACACUUGACUUUAUUGGCAGCUCUUUGAAGGCAAUUACACUGUUCACUACGAACCGUCAGUCAAAUCUACGCCUCGUUGUUUCUUCUGAUAAUCCAAGAUCUAAAACUAUCACCGCUGUCGCCGGUCGCUCUACCACCGGAACUCAAUUUGGCGCAUUCUCAAUGUGUGGAGAAAUCCUCUUGUCUAAACAACACAUUGUUCGCUCUGACGUCCGAUACAGAUCUUCUGUCGCUGUCGUUGCCAUAUCUCUGGUCCUCGAUACGCUUGUCUUUGCAAUCACCCUCAUCAAAACAUAUCGACACUUCCUAGAGAUGCGACGACACAAUCAGAGUAGCCUCACUGGUCUUUUGCUACGCGAUGGAACGCUUUACUUUUUUGUGGUCUUCACGAUCGCAGCUGCAAACUUUGCAUUGGGACUUACUUCGGUGUUGAACGUUUCCGAAACUCAAACACUGCUGUCAGAACUUCUACAAUCGUAUCUUGCUGUGCUCUACCUAAACCUUCGAGCGAUGAGUCGCCAAAAUGACACCGUAACAUACAAAUACAAUGGCAUGCCCGAACCGGCCUUCGCCCAAAAUCGAUUCUUAGGCAACAUUGGCGCACCGCUCGAUCCUGAUUGGUGGAACACCCAGUUUGAUGAUGAUGAGGGCGAUGAUGACGAGCUGACCGAUCAGAACGGCUCAGUAACACCAACGGUAAAUAACGGGGUCACCACUCUUGUCCCAGUUGUUUAUGAGGGAGAAGGCCACGGCGACAUCGAGAUGAUACCCAUCCACAGAGAGUCUCAAAUACCUAUCGUAGGCCCACCGCGUUCCAUCAACGUCGUGGCCUGAGUGCUCUGACUUCACUCCCUCAGCAGCGUGAUCACCGAAAGCGUCCCUUCCGCUGCACCGACUCCACUGUGUCGGCACAGAUACGCAUUUGAAUCCAAUGACCCAUCAGUUCCAUAUCUUGUUUUUUUCUUGGGCGUACUUUCCUACUUUUAUCACGACUGAACUAUAUUUCUUGGAUUGCGCGUUUAUCUUGAUACUGUAUUUGCGUACGAUUUCGGUAUUUGGAAACCGGACAUAUCGCCGUUCCGUCAACGUCGUGGCCAGUGAACACUCGUGCGUAAAUUUAUCCGGCCAAAGGACCAUACACUACUCCCCCGCAAUUAUAUCUUGACAUCUACUUCAUAAGCUCGGAGGACGGGCAAUGGUGUCGAACUCUUGUCUGUUACUAGCUGAAUGCACAUACCGUAUCAAACUGUACAUCUACCUAGUGUAUUUUGCCUUCACGCUGUCCAUAUCAAC